UCUGCUUGCAAUUGCGAGUUGCGACAGAGCUCGCAUCCGUUCUGAACCCGUGACUCGGUCUGAGUAGAGCAGGCAGCGAAAUGGCGUCGAUGACCUCCCGCCGCGCGGCCGCACCCGUCCUCUUCUUCUUCCUGCUCCUCCUCGUCGCCUCAGAGAUGGGGACGACGCGGGUGGCGGAGGCGCGCCACUGCGUGUCGCAGAGCCACAAGUUCGUGGGCGCCUGCAUGAGGAAGAGCAACUGCCAGCACGUGUGCCAGACGGAGGGUUUCCCCUCCGGCGAGUGCAGGCACCACGGCGCCAUCCUGCGCAAGUGCUUCUGCACCAAGUCCUGCUAGCCGGCGAGCAGGGCGCAGUAGCGUCCCGGAGUUAGCUAGCACCGCGGCACCCAUGCAUGGUGUGCAUUUGAUAUGCUGUAGCGUCCACCCAGUCGUCGUAAUCACCGUCGCCUACGUCGCGUCUUUAAUUUAUGUUAUUUUAAUUUAGGGCAUGUACAACCCUGAGACCUCUGGGCAGUUUUCAAGGUACAAGAGACACUAAAAGAUACCUAAGUACAA